AUGGUUCUCGUCAGGAAUGGCGUUCCGACUGAGGAUAUUCAGUCCAUCAGGGAAAUGUCCGUUGAGAAGGUCACAGAAAUGGUUGCUGUUAGAUAUCCUGAAAAAAAUAUUUUAUUAUUGGCUGUGUACAGGGUGCCUGAUGGCGAUUUUGGGGUUUUUUUGGAUAUAUUUUCCGACGCUCUCCAGGAAUUAUGCCAGUUGAAGGACUUUAGGGUUGUUGUGGCAGGAGAUUUUAAUGUUGAUUUCAGAGUGGAUAGCACAGAAAAAAACAGAUUGCUGGACCUCAUAGAAACAUUCGGAUUACGAAUCACAACUACAGAACCAUCGAGGAUGACUAAAACAUCAUCAAAGUGCAUAGACAAUAUUAUGACAAACUUGAGUGAAAACGACACCACAACCGAAACAGAGGAGCUACAUUUCUCGGACCACAGGGCUCAGAUAUUCACUUACAUGCAUGAAGAUGAGAACCACAAACGACAGGAACACAUUUAUAAACGAAACAUGGGAAAAAAAUGUAUUCGGAAGUUGAGAAGAGCGAUAAGGGAAUUUGACUGGGAGAGUUUGUUGUCGGGAAAGUCAGCGCAAGAAGCGUACACCUCCUUCCACGAUAACCUUGUUGUAAUGAUAGAGUCCUUUUGUCCUAUCCAGAGAAAGCUGGUGAAGAAGUGUAAGGCUAAAAAUUCAAUACCGUCGGAUCUAAAAGAUGCAAAAAAUGAGUUGGAAAUUCUGGCCCUACAGGCUAUAAUAAGAAGAGAAGAUACUAUAUAUGAACUAUACAGAAGAAAAAAAAAGCAAUUUUUUGAAAGGCUCGAAAAUCAUAAAAGAGAAACAAUGGAAAACAUGGUAUCUAGGGCAGAAAAUAAAACAAAGGUUAUAUGGAGGAUAAUAAAUGAAAACGUAAGGUCAAAGAGGAGACAGUAUCCUGGGGGUCGAUUGAAAGUGGAGAGUAUCAGUGAAUACUUUUCGAGGAUUGGCGAAGAGCUAUCGGAGAACUUGCCACGGGCAGAAAAGUCUGCAGGCCACUAUUUGAAGGAGUCAACAGUCAGAUCUAGUGGUUCAUUUUUCUUCAACCCUAUAACAUCUCAGGAAGUGGUUAAGAUUAUUAACUCCCUGAAGCAUAAGACGACCAUGGAUGUAUAUGGGAUACCAACAUGUCUGAUAAAGCAACUGGCAGAGGAGAUUAGCGAUCCAUUGCAGAUGGUGUUGAAUAAAUGUGUUGUCGAGGGCGAAUUUCCGGACAAGAUGAAACGAGCGAAGAUUGUUCCUGUAUUCAAGGGAAAGUGUCCGAAUUACAGGGAUUUUUUGAGGGUAACAAUUUAUUUACGGCUAAACAACAUGGAUUUCGAAAAAAAAGAUCUGUUACAACUGCAUUGA